AGAGAAGCAAAAAUCCCUAUUUGUGACUAAAACACGCUGCAACCUGGAAGGUUGGCAGAAUAAACCUAUUGUGGAGCGCUGAAAUGCACUGGAAUAUGCAAGCAAAAAUCCCCAAGAGUACCACUGUUUGUAAAAAGAUGCACGCGGAAAACAAACAGCACCAGGGGCUGCAGCUCUGAGGGAGCGAAGUUGCUCCGCUUCGCAUGGGCUCCUCCACUGCGUUUAGGGAGCUGCCCAGAUCUCCAGCCAUGAGAAAGCGAAGCAAAGGACCGGGGUUUCUUGUCAUGUGCCUUUCUGGCUAAAACUGUGGAAACAAACAAACAAUCAAACAAACACAAAUUCUGGAGGGGGGGGGCGGGAGGGAAGGAGAAGGCGAAAUCAUCUGCAACUGGAGCGCUGGAAGACCUCUCGUCCUCCUACUUCCCUGAGAGAUCUUGGAUGCUGGAAGAAGCCUCUUGGAUAUGGGAUCAUAUCUGGUUUAUCACAGUCUGGGUUUGAUCCUCUGCUGCUCCGUACUGAGUUCCGUCUAUGCUCUGGAAAGCUCCCGCGUGCACGUGGGCGGCCCAGACACUAGAGAAAACUUAACGGUUCGAACCAAACCCGGCUCAGAGGACGGAAUCACUGUGCACCUGGUGGAUGCUGAUGAUGUCAUCACCAAAGAGGAGCAGAUCUUCCUACUGCUAAAAGCCAAGGCCAAGUGCGAACGACAUCUGAAAGCCAAGGUGCCCAAGGUGCAUGAUGGCUUUUGUCUUCCUGAGUGGGAUGGUAUUGUCUGUUGGCCUGAAGGUGUGCCGGGCAAAGUGGUGGCUAUGCCAUGUCCAGAGUACAUCUACGAUUUCAACCACAAAGGUCAUGCUUAUCGCCGGUGUGACUUGAAUGGGAGCUGGGAGCUGGUCCCAGGCAACAACCGCACCUGGGCAAACUACAGUGAAUGUGCCAAGUUCCUCACCAACGAAACAAGGGAAAGGGAGGUCUUUGAUCGCCUCUAUUUGAUUUAUACUGUUGGAUACUCCAUCUCUCUGGGAUCCCUCACAGUUGCUGUCCUUAUCCUGGGAUACUUCAGGCGUUUGCACUGCACUAGAAACUACAUCCACAUGCACCUCUUUGUUUCCUUCAUGCUGAGAGCCGUGAGUAUCUUCGUGAAGGACGCGGUCUUGUACUCCGGGUCAGCUUUGGAAGAGAUGGAGCGGAUCUCAGAGGAAGACCUGAAGUCCAUUACUGAGGCACCUCCAGCAGACAAGUCACAAUUCGUGGGCUGUAAAGUAGCGGUUACCUUCUUCCUCUACUUCCUGGCAACCAAUUACUACUGGAUCCUGGUGGAAGGGCUCUAUCUCCACAGCCUCAUCUUCAUGGCAUUUUUCUCAGAGAAGAAGUAUCUUUGGGGAUUCACAUUAUUUGGCUGGGGACUCCCUGCUGUAUUUGUUACAGCGUGGGCCAGCGUGAGAGCCACUCUAGCCGACACAGAGUGUUGGGACUUGAGUGCUGGCAACUUAAAAUGGAUUAUUCAGGUGCCCAUCCUGGCAGCUAUCGUGGUAAAUUUUAUUCUUUUUAUCAAUAUUAUCAGAGUCCUAGCAACCAAGCUACGGGAGACAAAUGCAGGGAGGUGUGAUUCAAGACAACAGUACAGGAAGCUGCUGAAAUCUACCCUCGUCCUUAUGCCUCUGUUUGGCGUUCACUAUAUUGUUUUCAUGGCUAUGCCAUACACAGACGUGUCAGGGAUUCUUUGGCAAGUUCAAAUGCACUAUGAAAUGCUGUUCAACUCUUUCCAGGGAUUUUUUGUUGCCAUCAUAUACUGUUUUUGCAACGGAGAGGUCCAAGCAGAAAUAAAGAAGUCAUGGAGCAGAUGGACAUUAGCACUUGACUUUAAAAGGAAAGCACGAAGUGGGAGCACAACCUACAGUUACGGACCAAUGGUUUCCCACACCAGCAUCACAAAUGUAGCCACGAGAGGGGCACUUGCCCUCCACCUCAAUACGAGACUUAUACCAGGGACCCUCAAUGGACACCGGAACUUGCCAGGUUAUGUAAAAAAUGGCUCAAUUUCUGAAAACUCCAUGCCUUCUUCUGGACCAGAGCAGUACAACAAAGAUGAGGAGUACCUGAAUGGCUCUGGGCUUUAUGACGGAGACAGACCCACAGUACUUGUUGAAGAAGAGAGAGAGACAGUGAUGUAAAGAGAAGAGGAGGAGAAGUGAAAAGGAUGAAAAAGGUUCCUGGAGAGCAUUUAGUGGGCAAAAGAAUAUCAGGCCACGCAUCGGAUGCCAAGGGUUUCCAUACAGUUUCUCUGUUCUGUGGAACAAGAGGUUAAGUUAUAUGGGAAAAAAAGUGAGCCACCAAUGUGGCCAGCCGUUGAUCACAUACAUAUACCCAGUGAUCUAAGUCUCCCUGGUGUUAACGGAGGCAGGGCUAUCCAGACCUGCGGGCCUUGCUACCUGCCGAACAACAGAGAUAUUGAGAGUUUGCAGGGGAGGGUUGCACAGCAGCACACAGUCCUUUCACCUCUUGCAGACCAUUGGCAGCCAAGGAGGAAGAGAGUCUCACCCAGUAGAGCAAGAGUCUAGCAAGGAUUGUAUGGUGCCAUCUUCUUGCAAGGGUACAAGCCACCCUGGGCAUCACCGUCACCGCUUCGGUUCGGUUUGCUCUUUCCUUUUAAAGUCUGUCUGGUAACACACACACAACCCCAGGGGCUGUAGCUGCCUGUUCGUGCAGUCUAGCACACAGCAGGGGCAGCUUGGUACGACCAAUCACUUGGGGCAUGUUCUUUGCAUGGGCAAUAUCACUUGUCAUCAAAACCAUGCUCCUCUGGGGUGGGCAGGAUUAACAGCUCGCAGUUGCUGGGUGCAGGCAGAGAACUGACUUCUCCUUUCCCUGAUCUGAGCCCCAGUAACAAGCCAGAAACCAGUGCAAUUUUAGGAUGGAAAAUGCAGUUAUCAGAACGUGUGACAUUUUCAUUCUUCCAGAUUUAACAGCAGAGAGGGGCCCACCCUGUUUGCUGCAAAGUGAGUUGAGACAAGGAGGGAAAUCAGCAGACCUUCAGCAUGUGUGUGCAUGUGUGUGUGCAGCUAAAAUCGGGAUUGCUAACUCAGCCCUGCUUUCUUGUGGAUGCUCAUGAAAAAAACCUUCAGUCAUUUUUUUAAAAUCUUUAAAUUGCUUUUCAUGCUCCUCUCCAAAUUUCCUGUUUCCCACUGGUCCAAACCCUCAUGAAGAGAAAGACUUCUUUGGAAGUUUGCCUAUUUCACCCAGAAGCAUGAUCUGCCAGAUACAUAGGCAGUUUCAUGAGAUCUGAAGUUUAAUUUGCUGAACAAAAACAUAGGGAUGGUCACCUUCUGAACAUCUUUUUAACUUUACCCUUCUUUGUGGUUUGAUCAUCAAAUUAGUCACACACGCACACAAGUACACUGGGCCAGAUUCUCAGCUGGUGUAAAAAUGUAGCUUCAACCAAAGUCACCAAACUCACUAUGUUCAGGUGAGGAACCGUUAAUGCCUGCUUCCUACAGGAAGGAGAGACCAGGAAUAUUUUGUCACUGUGCAGCGUUUCCCUUGCUGGUGGUUUUGGCGAGGUGUGCCAAAAGGUCAUUUUCUGACAUAUUUCGUGUUCAGCAGCAUCAAAGAGGUUUAGCUCUUGCUGGCUGACAAAGCAGCGCACUGUGUUGAAGGCAUUUCACACGAGCUGAGCAUCUAGCGAUGGGUCUUUGCCAGUUUCCAAGCGUGAUUCAGAAUUGCCCAGAGAUGGGCAAUUAGGAACGGCAACCAAACGUCCUGCUCCAGCACAUGCUUCCCCAGAGGAAGGACUCCGACUGAGCCAGCCUGAAUCCUCUCUUGAGCCCCUAUCAUAACACUGCUAUUCCCUUGCUGCAGUUUAAAAGCCAGCUGCUCAUGGUGCUCUUUUCCUUUUCUUUUUUCCUUUUUGGCAAAUUUCCAGUACCUGAAGCAUUCUUGACCUCACCUGGCUGUUUGCAAUAAUAUGCAAUAGGAAAUAUUGCAAAUAAAUGCAAUAGGAAAGAGGUAUUGUGUGAGUUUGCAGAAAUCCUUUAGGAUGUGGCUGGAGUCUAUGGGAAAAGCUAGUCUCUAUCCCGAUCCUUUAGAGCUGGCUGGUGGGUCACACUCCUGAGAUGCACCCAGUCACAGGAACCAGCUUUGUUGUCUUCCAAGGGCAAAUUAAGGUCUAACUUCCCCAAAAUUCUGAAGGAGGCCAGGAAAGGCAGUUGGGAUCUUGACUCUGCUUUCUGUCUCUCACAUCUUCUUUACAUAACCUUUCAGGUUCGGGCCUGAUCCAAAGCCCAGUGAAGUCAAGCAAAAAAAAAAAAAACACACCUCCCCUUGACAUCUCUGACUUUUGGAUUGGGACCUGGGAGGGGACACGGUGGCUGAGAGGCAGACCCCUGUCAGGCACUGAAGCACCUCUCCACCAAUUGCAGACAUAGGCAAAACGUUCUUUAAAAGUCGGUAAUUAUUUGCAAUGUUUGUUUUCUUGCAAUGUGUUAGAAUGAGUCAAAACUCAUCCUAACCAUUUACCACGGCAGCUAUUGAAACAUCCAGUUCUCAAGGAAUAAUCUUUUUCCAUGCUCUCAUUCUUAUUGUUGCUGUUAUUAUGAAUAAUAAUGACAAUAAUAACAACAGUAAUGUAGAGAAGUUAAGUAAUCUCGCAAAAAAAGUCAGCUCGAGUGAAAGUUUGGCAUGGAGAGCAAGCCAGCUCUGGAGAAAUCUGGGUCAGCCCAGCUACACUCACUGCUUGCCUUUUCCUCGCAGAUGCUGGCAUGGCCUCUGGAGGGAAUCAAAGGGAGCAGAAGUUAUUACCAGUCAGCCAUCAGAGCGUGUACAGCUGCGUUAUUUAGCAUCUUACACAGCUGAACGGCCAGCAAGAGAGAAGCACAUUAAAUAUGCUGGCUCUGACUUUCCACCCUUUCAGAAGUACCUUGUGCUUAGAUCCUGCCAAGUAGAUGCAAUGUCCCUCCUGACUUUCUCACUCGAAGAAAUUUCUUAGUAUCAUUUCCCUGCUGGAACAAAGCAAAAAAGACAAAAAAACCCACCAACAACUCACUAUUUACUUGUGUUUGUUACAGAGAGCUCUGAAAAUCACUUAGUAAAGUUCAAGGAAUUAGCAAAAGCCAUAAAAUUAUUUAUAAAUAAAUACAACACCCCUCAUAAAUUGAAAUGCAUUCGUCACUGUAUUGCAUAGAUUAAAUGCCUAAAAAUUGUUCUGAUUGCUAAAUGCAGAUAAAAGUUACAUGCACAAGGCAUGUACAGGGGGAACAAAUCUUUUCUUGAACAUUUCAAUUACAAAUCACACGGAACAGAUUAUUUUUCUUAGUGUUCAGGCACAUGAACAACAUUGCAUAUAAAAAUUAGGAAACUGCCAAUACCCAAAGCAGGAGAAUAAAUCUGUUUUUAAGGCAAGGCAGAGUGCACAUUUGUCAAAACCCGUUCCUACCUUUCCCAUGGAGAUAACAAAGACUGCAGAGAACAGUUGACUGAGUGUACAGGCCAUGAUUUAUCAGCUAGCAAUCCAAGCACAUCCUCUACUGAUUUUAGUGAGGAAGGGAUCAAACCUGUGUUGUCUUGAAGUAGAGAAGGAACCACAAUUUGCAGCUGUGAUUUUCCCUGAAGGAGCAAGCAGACUGGUCCUUCGGACACUUAGACAAAGCCACUAGAUUUGGGGUGUAGUCACCUUCAGUUUUCUGCACCAUCAGGAGAUGCACACAUUUCACACGGACAGCUUAGCCCCCCAAAAUCUGACCCCUGGCCCAGUUUACUCUGGCUCCCCGACUAUAGAGUUGGAUGGAUGGAGUCUGAUGGGAGCUUUCAGACUAAGGCCUGUUUGAUUUACUAGUGUAGACAUAUCGCUGAAGGCCUCAGAAAACAGAAAAGUGGCAAGGUGACAAUGAAUUCUUCCGUGAUCCAUCUGGUGACCAUUGCAAACCCUGCAGGUGGAACAGCUCCCUUUUGUGCCGGUUGUCCUGAUUCAGGUCCAAUAUGGGACAGAGGAGCAGAGAGAACAGAUGACUUUGGGAUUGGUUUGCAAAAAGCACAUGGCAGAGAGGCUUUCUCAAGCUCACUUGAAGGAAGAGUCAAAGGGCCCAGGCAGUUAGUUGUCUGUAUUCUUCAAGUUUUCCCUCCUCCACGGUGUCAGCUUUGUAUCCCUUUUCUUCCCAAGGUGCAAAGCAUCUGGAGACACUCAGAAGUCCUACAGACCCUCUUACCGCUCUGUCUGCUUCUCUCAGCCUUCUGGGCUGGCAUGGGACAGGCUGUGUACCGUGACAUCCCAGCUGACUGGCUCACUUGGGGAUGAAUCUCCUUGCCCACCUUUGGGAUGAGCGCUCUCUUCUCCAGCACCACUGAGAUGCUGAGGUUGGGCAGGGAAUUUCACCCUCUGGCAGGUUCACCUCAAGGGCUUCUGCCAAGGAGCCCUCUACCCAGCCCAGCACCUUUUCUCUUCCCAUCCACAGCAAUGCAGUCAGCUUAUCCUCGUGAGCCCUUCCUCUUUCAUCUACCUCUUUUCUGGACAGACACAGAGCUGUUGAUGUUCCUCAGCCUCAUGUUUCUUGAGGAGGACUUUCGGCAGCAUUGUAAGUUCUGCUUUGCAUGGCUGUGUGCAGAUGAUUUUUACAUCUUCUGUAGAUGGCUUUGCCUUGGGUUAGAUGAGAUCAGGUCUUUUCUCAUCUCUUAUACCAUCCUUCAACUUUAUUCUUCUUAUCUGACACAAAUUAGAGCCAAAUCAGCUCAAAAAGUUCCCCCAAAAUCAAACUCUUCAGUCAGGGAUUGGUUUCAGUUGUUUGUUUAUAGGCAAUUGGCUGAAAGAUGUAGAACAUCUACAGCACUGGUAAGAAUUUUUUAUUUUUUAAACUAUGAAAAUAAUUAAGUGUGAAGACCUUCAAUUUUUAUUGAUGUUUAUUAUUUUGACCAAAUUAAUGGCUGGCUUAAAAGGUUUUAAAUUUCAGAAUGUGAUGCUUCAAAAUUGUUAAGAAACCUCAGUCAUAAGUUCAGUUUUCCUGCUUUUUCACUGACUGAUUUUUAUGCACAGUUCUGCCUAGAAUACAUUGAAAGCUUUAAGCAGGAUUACUGAAGAUGAGAAUUAUCACUAUGUCCCUUAACUCAGCUGAGUCUCUCUGGUCAAUGGCCUUUUCACCUGAGAUAGGACUGCAUGAAAUGACAGAAAGCACUUGAAGUGUUGCGCUUUAAGGAAGAGAUUGCAUGAAUCUGUGAAGUCUUUUCAUGUGCGACACCACUUCUCACUGCCAUAUGCACACUUUUCCACCUGUUGGUGCCCAUGCAUUUGCUGAAGAGCCUUGUCAUGAAAAGGCCUGUUGCAGUAACAUAUAUUGCAAGGUGUUGCAUUGUUUUGCCCUGGAUUCUGCAGUUUUCUGAUGGUUUUAGUUCUCUGUCCAUGGGUAGCAUCAGGUGAUACAGCCACUGGCAAAAUGCCAUCUCCGGGGCUGUAGCAGGAGAGAGAGCUUUCUUCAUAAGGCAGCCUGAGUAUGAGAGAUUCAGAAUCAGGGAGCCAAAGCAAGAAGAGCCCAGAGCCUUUUGAGACAAAGAAAAACUGAUCUGUUUUGUUAUUAUUCCCUCCUGAUGCAAGUGAACACCCUCUCUGCCUUGAUCUGAAUUUUAUGCCAUUUCAGCUGUAACAGGAAACAAGAGAAAAAAAAAAGUGGCAGUGUUUUCCAACUCUUUGGGGUAAGCUGGAGGGGUUUGAUAUCUGCUUCCUCAGCCAUGUAUCCUGUGUCACAAGUGGGCAUCGCACCAAUGGCUGCAAGCUAGAAACUGCUUGGCAGGUGAGGAAGUUCUGCUUCCAGGCCUUGGGCAGGUUAACGUAGAUAUUCUCAGUGUCCUUUCCCCCCUCAUAGAGCCUGCUGCGGGGAGAAAUCAUAUUGCAUCCAAAGGCGUGUUUGGGGGAAUAGACUUUGUUGAAUGAGUUUCAUACUGGAACAGAUUUGCUGUUUGAUUUUUCUUUUUUACUUCUACUGCUAUUGCUGAUGGGUUGCCAUGUUCUGCAGAGUAAGUGGAGGACAUAUAUGACAUCCCUGGCCAGCUACAGGGCUUUUCAAGCAUCCAGUGCAACUCUCCAGACAGUAGAUUUUAUAUCCCAUUCCUCUAGGGUAUCUUGAAAUGAGAAGAAUAUUAAAUUGUAAAGGAAAUGAGUUUGCAAAAGACCCUAUAAAUAAAUUUCCAUCAAGAUUGGCCAGGACUGUCUGGAUUUGCCUGGAAAACACGAUGGUUCAUAAAUUGUAUAAAUAAAAGAAAGAACAUCCAUCUCUGUGGGCAUUCAUUCGAAGGCAGUUUUCCUGUUUUUGCCCACAGACUUGAAAGAUUGAACAUACUGGACAGCAAAGACUGUUGGCCAAAAAUAACGUCCUGGUUUGAAGCAGCAAAUCCUGACACCUGUAUAAAAGUUAUUGGCCUUAUCCUGUUCCACCCAAACCAUUUUUUUUGGCCUCCCAUAAAAUCAAAACUCAAGCUUAGCUCUUAGCAAAGGUUGCGAUAGCGAAAGAAAGCAGAGAUGGGUUGUUGGCACUGUAGAUGUAGGUUGGCACUUUUUUGUGGGGGGUAGUGCUCAGUUGGCGAGAAAGAUAGUGCUAGUAGUCUAUUUUCUGUGGCCUUUCCCUGUGAUGCUUGUGUCUCUGCAGCAAAUUGCCCAACAGCAAUUGUGAAAUGAGUUGGGAUGAAGAGACAUGCAUGGGCACUCUACAUUGCCUGAGCAUGACCGGCUUCUGGUCUCCAGUAAAGUUUCUAAAUGUCAAGCCCAGCUGAAUCAAAACCAGCAGUCUUGUGCUGAAAGUCUUAGCCAGAAACAUUGCUGAUGUGCUUCACUUAGCUGUCAGUCCUGCGUUAAUUUGCUGUCUCUAUUUCAAGCCUUGUAGUGGACAAAGGAUCUUCUAAUCAGGGUGCUUCUUUACUCAGUGCUGAUAGACAUCUUCACUGAUGGUCUCUUUGGUCUAUAAGUUGUUCUGGAGAUUUAAGAGCAGGGUUUUCCUACCAAGAGUCCAGCGGUUUCAGCUAGUCUUUUUGCAGUGCUGGCAGACUCUCCCAUGCAGCCAGUUCACCUGGAGCACAAGGCUGGCUGGUAGCCCAGAAGUACAGAGGAAAUAGGACCAGAAACCAUUUAAGAUCUUUGAGGCUUCUGUCCCCAGUGGGUAGAAGCUCCAGAGAAGGGCACCAGCAGGGCGGACAGACACACACAUACACAUGUCUCUCUGAGACUCAGGUUGGAUGGAGUACCUUCUGUACACUUAACUUCUUUUUUCCAAACUGGUCCUACAAAACAACUCUGAAAAACCUAUUUAAAGAGCUCUGUUACUAGACGCCAAUCUCAGCUCUUCAAUACAAAGGCAAUCCAGAGCAUCAGAAUGGGAACAUGAUAUGCCUGGAUCAGCUGCACAGUACUCCAGUCACACAGUACCCGUCACCCUGGCUUCAGAGUGCAGGUACCCUGGUAGAGACUGACCAAGCAGUCUUUGGCUUUGAUGUAUCUAUGAGGAAAAGGCAUAGAGAAUAAGAAAAGGACUUACUGCCCCUUAAGCCACACUUAUGAAUGAUCAUAAACAAUAAAUCAGUAAUUAAAAGUUAUUCUUUGUUUAUUUCAUCAGGUUCUGGUGGAUGCUCUGAUGGUUUCUGCAUAGUAUCUGUCUUUCUGAUUUCUCUGGAGCGGAAGGAGUUCUCUGUGAUGGACAGAAUAGAUAUAAUAAAUGGACAGAGUCUUUCAAAGCUAGUCUCUAGGGCAGGACAGUUAGAAACAGACCUGAUGUUGAUUUUUUAUUCAUUGGCAGAAGGCAGGAGCAACUCUGUUGAAGUUAAUCAAGUUAACUAGGUCUAAUGCCAGGGCAAAACAGAUACGAAUCUUCAGGACUCAUGUACAAUUUGCAUAACGGAAUUAAAAUAAAGCUUCUAACUCUAGCUACAGAAAUGCUCUGCAGAGAAUUAGAGACUGGGCUUGCUGUUCGGGAUUAAACAGAAGGACACCCAAGGCAUCAUCCAUCACAUAAAACAGUCCCAUUUUAUCUGUUCCUGUCCAGAUUAGCCUGCUUUCCCCACCGCCAUACACUGUGGCCAUGAAACCAUAGUCUGCUGUUUCAGUUAGUAGGGGGUUUUCUUAGCCUCCUUUCUUUUUCCUUUUUUUUUUCCUGUCCUGUUUCCAUGUGAAUUAAGAUCCUUCAAAUUUUCAUGCUGUCUUCCAGUUUUGAGCAAGCCCCACAGUUUACAAAGUUCAAGAUAAUAUCUCAACAUUUUGCCAGGAUUUGGGAGGCAAGUGGGAAGAAGAAUGUGAGAAGCUAAUGCAAGUCACAGGGGAGCAUUAAAAUCAAAAUCAAACAAGGUUCCUGUGAAACCUUUCCCACAGACCAGGGAAAGGUUUGCAAAUCUUGGCACAGCACUUCAGCCUCAAACUGAACUUGCUCGUGUUUUGUCUCAUAGAAGAGCCUGAGUCAUUCGGGAUGACCUGCAAUGCUCAAGCAAUGCCUUUCUGUUGACUUCAGAGGGCUUGAGAUUAGAGCUGGUACACUGCUAUUAAAUGUGCUUGUUCCCAGAGCAAGCACUGCAGGUGGCAAUAGUCGAAGUUUAAUGCUCUGAUCCGCUUAAGUGUUUUACGUGUCAUUCUCUAGAUUGAUGCACCAGUGCUGCUCCAGGGCACAGCUGUCCCCCGAAUGGCCUUUCCAUCUAUGGCACUGCACCGAUCUGGGGCUGCCUGCUGCCUGAACGUGCCCCUUCAUAGCAUUCAGUGCUGAUGGGCAGUGCCGCUGUUUCGUAAGCGAGCCAAAAGGCAGUGUUUGCAAGAACAGAGGGCAGAGGGUUUGUCCGAAUUCAGAAUAGACUUGCAAGACUCCACCGAGGCAGGGCAGGGCUGGAAAUCAGUUCCGAGUCUGGCGAAGAGCACAGGGAGCAGGAACAAAAGAAAAAGUUAAGGAAUAGCUGCCCCAGAUGAGCAUCACUAAUUAGGGAGUCUUAAAAUCUGGCUACUUUUCAGGCAGGCCACCCUGUCCAGCACGGAUUUGACAAAGGUGGACUCUAACGCACGAUUGUGCUCUCUUCUAAACAGGAGAUGUCUUGAAAAAGCAAAUGGAGGUUUUAACAAAGUCCGUACAACUUUCUCUUCAUCCUCACUGGCACGUCUUUCCUUCCUUUUCUUGCCAGAUAAAAAGGGGCACAUUAGAGCAACCUCAGCACGAAAACCUGGGAUUCAGACAUAUUUCUCUUGGUUCCCACAGAGCAGCUUCUCCCUGUGACUGCAGCUAUUGUUUUCCUGGCAUAUGAACUGAGGAAUUUGAUGGCAUUUGAUUAUCUUCCUGCGACUGAGGGUUAAUCAUUCUGGACUAGUGAUGAGGAGUACAACAACACAGAUGUGUUGGCAUCAGUUUGGGAUGAAAUCCUGACCCAUGAAAAUUGACACCAAAAUGUCUGUUGAUUUUCAUGGAGUGGAAUUCACCCAUAAAUUCCGAAAAGAAGGAUAAUGAUCCAGACAACUAACCUCACCCUCCCUCCAUCCCCAAAACAUUACUUGCCCCCCGUAUUUUCCAGGGUGGCUUUUUACCUUUGAAAAAUAGCACUGCAGGACCAGAAAGUAGAGACAAAAAGGGAGAAGAUGAUCUGAACCAUCAGCCUCCUCUCCUGAAAUGCUUCAUGACUGACAAAGUUAUGGCUUUCAUAUUGGGGUCAGCUUCUAGAUGUGGUGAUUUACGACAUGAUAGAUAUUUGGAUAGGAAAAGGCAUGGGAUUAAAAUGUUUGAGAUGGAUGGGAGUAGUUACUGUCCACUGCGUUUCCAAAUGCCUGGGCCUACCUCCUCCUAAAUAGAGCUACAAUUUCUAUGUGGAAGGCUGCUUAAAAAAACUUAAAUGAAGGAUAUUCUCCAAACAGUGCAAAUAUUAGGUACCUAAUGCAGAAGAGGAAAACAAUGACCUCACCAGCAAAGCAGCAUCUAUUUAAACCAGAGCAUUACAACAAGCUUGAGACCUUCUAAAUAUGGAGCUGGAUAUUUCCUGCCAGGCUCUGCUUUUACCUUUACCUUUUUUUUCUUCUCUGUCUAAAUUAAUCACUUUUCCUUGAGGGCUGCAGGGGAGGAUGAGCAAGAGGUAACUUGCUAUUACAGGUGAAAUGUCUCAAAGGCCAGGUUUGGUGAGAUAGAGCUGGCUGUGAGGGAAAGUCAUUUAUUUGGUGGCAGGAGAGGCGUAGCCAAGCACCGUAAUCCUAACCCAUCUCCUCAGACCAUCCCCACGUUCGGAAACACUAUGUCCAUCUCUUGCCAUUUUCCAGAGCUGGGGACGUGCAUGAAGGGACAGACCUGCUGCUAAAACUUGUUGCUUCUUCUCAGCAGCUUCAGGGCGACCGAGCCAUGGUGGCCACCAGAAGUAAAGAAGUCUGGGCAUUAGAGGAAAGACUCAGCCAUUCCCAGCGGUCUGCUAGGCUCUGUCCAGUGACUUUGCUUUCAGGGUAUUGCCUCCUUUUUCUCUAGUCUGAGCAGAGGAAAAGGAGCUGGGGUGUGUUCUUCUCCCUCACACGAGUGCUUUCAUCGAAGUGGUGUUAAGAUCUUGUUUCACUUCAGAAGAGGGACAAAACUGAAAAACUAAAGGACAAAACUGUGAUUUCUUUCUAUGUGUUACGAGGACAUUGCCUUGUGUGUGUCGUCAAGCAGGCAUUUGGUUUACAUUCCUCCACUUCUGCUUUCUGUAUGGACCAAAGUAACGAACGGAAAACGACAAACCACAGGUGUAUGUAAAAAGAGAAUUAAAAUAAAAAGAAACCUUUAUUGAUUCUCACAAA